AGGCCCAAAAGUGCGGAGCAGCGCAGAGCCAUUUGUGCGUCUUUGUUUGUUGUGCACGUUUCCAAGCGAUGGUAACGCGAAUUCGGGUUGCGUUUGAGGAAGCGGCCCCUAUAGUUUGCUUGCUCCAGUCUGGAUGUAGCUGAUUGGAGUAGCAGCAGUCAGAGUGGGUGAUCACAGGGAGGAGGGGAGACUCUGAAGUGGCUUUUCUCUCUGUGUGUGUGAUUCUCCAGCGGCCAUGUUAACCAAGAAACCCUGCGCUGCCGCUGCUGCUGCUGUUGUCUACCCGACUGGCAAAGGGGGUGAGAUUUGCCAGCUCCAGUCUUCCCCAGGACUGGGCAUUGGGGGUCCCCGUGCUGGAGCAGGGACUGAAGCCACAUCACCCGUCACAUUACCACCACUCAGGAACAGCAACUCUCAUCAGGCUGGAGGCAAUAAGCACACAAUGAAUGAGCAUCUGCACGUUGGGAAUCACCAGCAGAUCCACGUUCAACAGCUGUUUGAGGAAAACAGCAACAAAUGGACCGUGUUGACUGCACAACCCAAUGGGUUGGCUCCCGCAAGUAGAACAGGUCUAGCCAUGCCAGAGAAGCAGCAAGAAAGCAGCCAGUGUCGACAAGGCAGCUCAACUUCCAUCAAGUCAACUGAAAGCAAACCCAAGCCAGCACCUUUGACUCCUGAGCAGGCCAUGAAACAGUACUUGUCAAAGCUUUCAGUGUUUGAACACCAAGAGAUCCUCAGCAACCCUGAGAUCUAUUUUAUAGGUCCAAAUGCAAAGAAAAGACAAGGUAUAGUUGGGGGGUCAAACAAUGGAGGUUAUGAUGAUGAUCAGGGCUCCUACAUUCAAGUGCCCCAUGACCAUAUAGCAUAUCGGUAUGAGGUACUAAAGGUUAUUGGUAAAGGCAGUUUUGGCCAGGUGGUGAAGGCCUAUGACCACAAGAACCACCAGCAAGUGGCCCUGAAAAUGGUGCGUAAUGAAAAGCGAUUCCAUCGCCAAGCAGCUGAGGAAAUCCGCAUUCUGGAACACUUGCGCAAACAGGAUAAGGACUCCACCAUGAAUGUCAUCCACAUGCUGGAGAACUUUACAUUCCGCAACCAUAUUUGCAUGACAUUCGAAUUGCUCAGCAUGAACCUUUAUGAGCUUAUCAAGAAAAACAAGUUUCAGGGCUUUAGUUUGCCAUUGGUGCGCAAGUUUGCACACUCCAUCUUGCAGUGUCUUGACUCCCUGCACAAGAACAGAAUCAUUCACUGCGACCUCAAGCCGGAGAAUAUCCUUUUGAAGCAGCAGGGGCGCAGUGGGAUAAAAGUGAUUGACUUUGGCUCCAGCUGCUACGAGCAUCAACGGGUCUACACUUACAUCCAGUCACGCUUCUACAGGGCCCCAGAGGUCAUUCUGGGUGCUCGAUAUGGGAUGCCAAUUGAUAUGUGGAGCUUAGGUUGUAUCUUAGCGGAAUUACUUACAGGGUACCCUCUCUUGCCUGGAGAAGAUGAAGGGGACCAACUAGCAUGUGUAAUAGAGCUGCUGGGUAUGCCCUCCCAGAAGCUACAGGAUUCAUCUAAGAGAGCCAAAAAUUUUAUCAGUUCAAAGGGAUACCCCCGUUACUGCACAGUCACAACCUUACCUGAUGGGUCAGUGGUGUUGAAUGGGGGAAGGUCACGUAGGGGAAAACUCAGAGGUCCACCUGGCAGCAGGGACUGGAUGACAGCACUUAAAGGCUGUGAUGAUCCCCUCUUCUUGGACUUUCUCAAACAAUGUCUAGAGUGGGACCCGUCCCUGCGUAUGUCCCCCAGUCAGGCCCUCCGCCACCCAUGGCUCAGAAGACGCUUGCCAAAACCUCCCACUGGGGAGAAAACGACAGUAAAGCGGAUCACUGAGGGUACUGGUGCUAUAACUUCAAUCUCCAAAAUACCUCCCCCUUCUGGCUCAGCCACAAAGUUAAGGACUAACCUGGCACAAAUGACUGAUGCCAAUGGGAAUAUACAACAAAGGACAGUGUUGCCAAAAUUAGUCAGUUGAACACUUGUUUCUUUUUUUCCUUUGAAAUUAUAAUAUUGGAAAUUGUGCAAAGCUGAGCAUUAAGAAGUGUGGUAUUUUUUUGGAAUAAGAGUCGUUAAUGCAUAUCCGCCAUUUAUGAACUGCUUCGUAGCACCUUUUUCAGUUGGAUUUUUUUCUAGGAAAGCUCAAAUGGCCAAGAAAGGGGGAACAACACUUUUAAGUUUUUAUCUCAGGGCUGUGUUGAAUGCUGCUUUGAAGGAGCAUUCGUGCAAACUGGUCUGUAAUAACAAAAAGUCGCACUUGGUUUAAUACCUAAAUGCCUUUGCCACAAUGAAGUAAUUUUAGGAUACAUUGAUUUGUGUGCUUCUAAAAAUUUUAUCACCACCCUCAGAUCCUGUCAGAUAAAUAACUUGUUCAAAGAUGAGGAUUAAAAAUGCAUUUUACUAAAAGCUAUGCGAUAUGAGGCUUGUUGCAUUUCCCAGCAUCAUUGUUGUCAAUAUCAAGAAUAGAGAACAUAAUUCUAAGAGACUUAGUGAGGGUCAUAAUGGAGAUCGGAUGUUGCAGACUGUUAUGAGGUAGCAGAGAGAAUUUUUAUGUUUACAUGAUAGAUUUGUUUUGUGCCUAUUAAUCUCUUGACAUUCCUUUAAAGAAACUAAAUGAGGAAAAGUGUCUAGAGUGGUCUACACUACAGCAGAUUGAUGGCAAAUGAAAAGGAAUUUAUGUGGUUUGAUAGAAACUAGGCUACACUGUUCUCCGUAGUACUUGACCGGUGUACAUUCGUGUAAUUAUAAGCUAUUCGCUGGAAGAGUUGCUUUUGAACAUGUACUGUCCUGGAAGGAAAAAAAAACCUGGUGCUUUAUCUUUUUAUUUAAUAAUGUUUUAUAGCUUGAAACUUAAUGUUCACGGAACAAAACAGUGUUGUGUUAUCUCAAUGUGUGAAGACAGGUUAGUUUGCAAGUUAGGGUCUAGAUUCUUUUUGUCUUUUUGCAGUGACUAGGAUUAAGAACUGAGGAAUAGGAAGGCAGGACAAUAAA